CUAGGCGCAGCAACCCUCUCUCCUCUUCAUACUGAAGCAGGUGUCCAACAUGGCGUACGCUCGCAUCGGAUCUCUUGCGACUAUUCUCUUUUUAACCACCUUUAACGCGGCUCUUCAAAAAGGAGAUGGCCAGUAUCCAGUGGUGAGCCAGAACCUGGUGACGGACAAUGUGUCGGUGGUGGAGGGGGAGGUAGCCAUCAUCAGCUGCAGAGUCAAGAACAACGACGACUCUGUGAUCCAGCUGCUCAACCCCAACAGACAGACCAUCUACUUCAGGGACGUGCGACCUCUAAAGGAUGCGCGGUUCCAGCUGGUGAACUUCUCAGAGAACGAGCUGCGAGUGUCUUUGUCCAACGUAUCUCUCUCAGACGAGGGGCGCUACGUGUGCCAACUGUACACGGACCCACCACAGGAGGCCUACGCCGACCUCACAGUGCUGGUCCCUCCCAGUAACCCGAUCAUCGAGAGCCGGGACGAGGUGCUGAAUGAAGGCAAUGAGACGGAGCUGACGUGCUCCGCCCUGAGCAGUAAACCUGCCGCUUCCAUCAGGUGGAAGAAGGGCAACAAGGAACUAGCAGGCAAACCCAAAGUGGAGCUGACGUACGACCGCAUGUACACCGUGACGAGCCGGCUCACGUUCACAGUCAGUAAAGAGGACGAUGGUGUGCCCGUGGUCUGUAUCGUUGACCAUCCUGCCGUCAAAGACUUCCAGGCACAGAGACAUCUAGAAGUACAAUACAAGCCUGAAGUGAAGAUUGUGGUGGAGUUUCCUCAGGGUUUGACCAGAGAAGGAGAGAACCUGGAGCUCACAUGUCAAGCUAAAGGCAAACCAGAGCCUCAGAGAGUAAAGUGGGUCAAAGUUGACGAUGACGUUCCCUCCCACGCAGUCAUCACUGGAGGAGACCUGUACAUCGAGAACUUGAACAAGUCGUACAAUGGGACAUACCGCUGUGUGGCCGCCAACGCAGUGGGAGAGUCCUAUGACGACUACAUCCUCUAUGUAUAUGAUGCUCCCACCACCACCCCCAUCCCCACUACCACCACCACCUCCACCACCGCCAUGCCCACCACCUCCCCGCCCCUCCCGGAGAACCAUCCAGAUACUACGCCCAGCACCGAACCUGCAGCUCAUGAUUCUAGAGCUGGAGAGGGCGCUCCCAGGACAGUGGACCACGCGGUGAUCGGAGGAGUGGUGGCAGUAGUUGUAUUUGCCAUGCUGUGUCUACUCAUCGUCCUGGGACGAUACUUUGCAAGACACAAAGGAACGUACUUCACGCACGAAGCCAAAGGAGCAGACGACGCGGCAGACGCGGACACGGCCAUUAUCAAUGCAGAGGGUGGACACUCUAAUUCGGACGAGAAGAAGGAGUACUACAUUUGAUCACAGCGCCCCCUGCUGAGUGCUCCGCCUCACACUAACUGCUGUUUAUGGGACAAAAAGGAGAGAAGGAGGGAUUCGCUUCAGGUUCACGUUUGGCCAGGAGACAUAGCGCUUUGGAGGGACAGGCCUUGUUCAAAGCCGUUGUUUAGUCUAGUCCGCAGAUGUAGAUGGAAUGUUUUGUGUGUAUAAAAAAAAAAGAUUGAAAAAUGUAAAAAAAACAAACAAACAAAAAAACAAAAAAAACAGUGAGUUGGGGUCAAAUGGGGAGGGUUGCCAGAUAUCACUGUAGAAAAGCUUCACAUUACACCUUCCUAACUGCUGGUAUACAAGUUUGAUUUUGCUCGACCAUU